UAACACUAUCGCCGAGUAAAACACAAAAAUAGUUGCCUCUUUCUUCAUUCAUUUCAUAACUUUCCCUUCCAUAUUCCCAAUUAUCCAUUGUUGUUCCAGAAAGGAGAACUUAAAUCUCCAAUUUUUCUCUAACAAAGAGGAAUUAUGAUGAUGAAAAAACUUUUGAGUCUUUCUUGCAAUUCAAUUCUUUAUUUCAUCUUGUGAUUCUUCAUCUUCCAAUUGUUACAUUAUUAAAUGGCCAAGCAAGCCGCAACUCUGUUUCUGGAAGACUGGCUUAGGAGCAGUAUCAGCAAUAGCACUGGCGGUGAUAAUAGCUCCAGAAAUUUUACUGAUUCGUCAGCUCAAACAAUUAUUCAGGCAUGGGCUGAGCUGAGGGAUUGUUUACUGAAGGGUGCAUUUCAUCCUCGUCUACUCCACUCUUUGAAAAUCCUUGCUAGUUCGAAAGCUUCAUUAUAUGUGGCCGAUCCCCAAGCAAAACUCCUCAUUUCUAUCUUUUCUUCUCCUAGCAUCACCCUUCCACCUGAUUCACACCCCCUUAUCUUCAGACUCCUUUAUAUAUGGGUGAUAAAAUCGUCGAAGCCUUCAUUGACAUUGAUGGACUUAUCUGUCGAGGUCAUCACCCAAUUUUUCAGUUGCCAGGGUGAGAUAAACAAAUCUUUAUUUGCCCAAAGUGUUCUUCUUGUUGGUGCAAUCUGUUGUGUCCCUUCUUUGACUGAAAACACUAAAACGGCCUGCUUGAAGCUUGUGUGUAGAAUGCUGGAGGAACAUUACCAGUUGAUUGGAUCCGUAGGUGAACUCAUUCCUGAUGUACUAGCUGGGAUUGGUUAUGCCUUGACUUCUUCCGAAGAAGUUCAUUUUGUUUGGCUGUUAAAUUUUCUUUUUAAACAUUGGGUAAAUAUCGAGCAUGUCCUUGAUAUUUCUCAUUCGCUGAUUAUCUUACAUCUUAUAGAAUGGGUUGUUUUCAAAUUCAUCAGUUCUAAUGCUUUGGAUAAGAUAAGGAUAUUUACCACUGAAGUAAUAGAAAAUACUGAGGCAAAUUAUGCUGUAUUUGCUGUCCUCAUGGCCACUGCUGGAGCCAUAAGAGCAUGCAAUAGACCUAUGAAUCAUGGAGAGAGGUCGAAUAUGGUUUCUAGGCUGAGAACGUCAGCAGAGUCUCAACUUGGAGUUAUAGGCACAGACUUGAUCUCAAAGAUAGGAGCUUGUAGUAAUGGUAUCAUUGAAGAUGCUGAAGUCAGAUUUCUCCUCCAGUGCCUUUCAUUGGCUGCAUCUAGAAGUGGUGGGUUAAAUUCAACGAGUGGGCCACUGCUACUAUCACUUGCUUUUGCCUUGCUGAUUGAGGUGUUUUGCUUGAGAAGCUUUUACUGCAAAAUUCUUGAAUCUCCAUUAGGUAAUCUUGGUAGUUUAAAUCCUGUUUCUGUGAAAAAGCAUCAAGAAGGCAUUCUUUUCAGGGAAGCGGGUGCAGCAACUGGUGUUUUUUGCAAUCUUUAUGCAUAUGCAAAUGAAUAUGACAAGGGUAGGGUUGAGGAUCUAGUUUGGAGUUUUUGUCAUGACAUCUACCACGGACAUAGACAGAUAGCUUCACUAUUGCAAGGAAGGUUUGACCAAUUGCUUAAUGAUUUGGAGAAAAUUGCUGAAUCUGCUUUCCUGAUGGUUGUAGUCUUCGCAUUAGCUGUCACAAAGCACAGAUUGACUUCUAAAUUCCCGAGAGAGAUACAGGUGAAUUGUUCUGUAAACAUUUUGAUUUCAUUCUCUUGCAUGGAGUAUUUCCGUCGAAUUCGACUUCCGGAAUAUAUGGAGACAAUUAGAAGCGCAGUAACGAGUGUGCAAGAGAACGACUUUGCCAUUGGUGCAUUUGCCGAAUCCUUGCCUUCUUAUGUUGACCUGACAAACCCUGAAGGUUUUCGACACCUGCCAAUUAGGAACUACCUAUGGUCCAAGGAUGAAGUUCAGACUGCAAGGAUCUUGUUCUACCUGCGAGUUAUUCCAACGGGCAUCAAUCAUUUGCCUAGUAAUGUAUUCCGGGAUGUGCUUGCUGCCACAAUGUUUUUAUACAUGGGGCAUCCUAAUGACAAAGUAGCACGGUCCUCGCAUUCAGUAUUCUCUUCAUUCAUAGCUUCUGAAAAGGAUUCUGAUCAGGAUGAUAGGAUAUUGUUGAAGGAGCAUCUUGUUUUCUAUUACAUGAGAAGGUCUUUAGAGGCUUAUCCGGGAAGCACACCAUUUGAUGGUCUGGCUUCUGGUGUUUCUGCAUUGGUUCGUCAUCUUCCUGCGGGAAGCCCUUCUAUAUAUUACUGCAUACAUACUCUUGUUGAAAAGACUAAUGGGCUGUGCAGAGAAGCCUUGACUUCUAAAGCUUCUGAAUGGUGGAAGAACUGGCAAGGGGACUCAGAUCCCUGCAAGAAAAUCCUGGAAUUGUUAGUACAACUGGUAUCCUUGGUGGACAUACAGGUGCUACCCGAAAUGAUGAAACUGCUGGCACAGCUAGUUCUCCAAUUACCAAAAGAUGGCCAAAAUAUGGUACUCAAUGAAUUAUACACCCUUGUUUCAGAAUCUGAUGACGUCACCAGAAAACCUUCACUUGUUUCAUGGUUGCAGUCGCUCUCGUACCUCUGUUCUCAAUCUACAGCUACGAAAGAAACAUGCACAGUGGUUCCCAAAAGUACCAAUUCUUUAGGCUCGCAGAAUGUUGCUGCAAGAUUAUGAUUGAUCAAGGACCUAUUUUCUGCUGAAACCGACAUGACAUGAAUUACACUUGUAUGGAUAAUUGACAGAACUAAUGGACAAAUUGGAAAAGAGAAAGUACAAAGCAAGUUUCAGGCUUUGGGAAAUCAUUGGAAAAGGAAAUCCAGUAUAAUAUAUUUUCCAGCUUCCAUUUUUUCUAGCUGUUGUCGAGGAAACAUUGCGGCUACACCCCCUAGGACCACUUCUGGUGCCAAGAAAAACUGAUACUGAUGCGAAGCUGUUACCUCGGUCUACCAGAGAACACUUAGCUACUUAUCAAUGUCUGGGCAUUUGAAAGAAAUCAAAGCUUGUGGAAAAACCCAACCUAUUUUAAACCAGGGAGAUAUCUAUGACCGGAAAUGGAUUUUAAGGGCGUGAGUUGCGGUUAUUCCAUUUGGUGCUGGCUGUAGGAUCUGUCCCGGAUCGCCCUUGGUAAUGCUUCCAUAGUUCCAUUGAUAUUGGGAAAACGUGAGUGUUUGAUUAGAAGCUGGAAGAUGGGACCUCCCCAAAUAAGAUGGGUAUAUAAGAAAUUUCAGAUUACCUUGGAGAAAGCUCAGCUUCUCUUCAGAUCAUUGCUGUCCAGUGUGAAUUUUACAUGUACUAUUGUAUUCUCUUCCAUCAAUUGUAUGUAAUCAGUAUGAUGAUGUAUCGGUUAUGGACCUCAGGUAUUCCCGUCUUGGGAAGAUUAGAAAAAUGUGGUAAUACACCCCAAAGAGCUGUCCACAUGAAGUUUUUGAUUUUUGGAGGGAUAUUCAACUUCAAAAGUUAAGCCCAUAAGAGAUCAUUGCCUCUUAAGCAAGACGCAAUCCCUCGUACUUCACUAGGCAUCGUUUACUCUAAACGUCUUCUGUGCUCUCCACCCUACAUCUAAUAUCUUCCUAAUUUGCUCUACUAAUAGGAGCACUCGUAUUCGAGGCACACCCACUUUAUAACAACUUUAGUUGCUCACAAGGAUGUAGUUAGAACUACUACAAAAUUUUAGAGAAGAAAAGAAAGAGAAGACAAAAAGAGAAUAGAGAUUAGAUAGAGAAGUAAAGGAAGUAGGGAAAUGUUGCUAUUACAACACAA